CGUAAACAGCUGUUGAUCGCAUCGUAAAUCUCACCACCACCCUUCUGACGCCGCUCGCAAAUCAACUGCAGUUCAUCGACCGCCAAGCUCACAGCCACGACAAUCGCGUGGGGAAAGCAGGCUUGACAACCGCUCAAGCGUCUAAAUUUGGUGCCGAGACAGCGCCCAAGACAGCACCCCCGACUGCCGUUGCCAACGCAGGACCGAGUCCCUGGCAACGGUCUCAGCACUCAACCAGCACCACGGCAGACAGACACAACCACAGCAUGUCGACGACAGCGAGAAAACCGGCGCCGCCAGGCAAUCCAGCGCGCGAUGCUUCUGCGCGCAACCCUUCUACUCCUGGCGCCGCAAACCGCUCCCCUGCCCGCUCUGCAACCCCGACAAGCACGAACGGCGCAAACGGCGUGACGCGGACACGAUCAGUCAGAUCAAGCGUGAAUGGCACGCCAGUCUCCGCGCGCGCAGCCGUCAGGAAGCCUGGUGCACCCUCAGGCCUCAGCAUGAGCUCAUCGCAGGUCGAUGGUCAAGAUGACGACGCCCGAGAAGAGGCCGCGGCUCUCAUGCAGGAUCUCAAGGAGCGGUUACAGAAGGCGGAGACCGAGGCAGAGGAGCGCCAGAAACAGGUUGAAGUGCUCAACUCGCGGCUAGACGAUGCCCUCAAAGAGCAGGCGAAGCUGGAGGAGCGCGCACAUGAAGAGGAAGAGAAGGUUGAGUCACUCGAAAACGAGAAGAGAGACCUCACGAGGCAACAGCGCGAACUGGAGAGCAUCUAUGAGGCGGAGCGCGCGCAGACAAUGAAGGAGAAAGAGGAGGCUCUUUCGAAGGAAGAGGAGCUACAGACUACUAUUCAGCGACUAAAGGAAACGAUGGCCACUAAGAACGUUCAAGCUGUCGAUGCAGAUGACGAACGCCUGUCACGGACAUCGAGUUUCCGCAAUAACCCCUCGCGCAACAGCUCCUCCCUGAACCUCGAGACCUCUGGCUCAUUCGCACCGCCGUCCUCCAUCCAACGAAGCGAUUCACGGAAUCAUUCGAAGCUCAUCAACCAGAAAGACAAGAUCAUCGAAGGUCUGCGCCUUGAACUCGCCGAAGUACAAAUCAAGCUCGUAGAGAUGGAGAAUGCUGGUGGAGGCCGCAUGCGCGAAUUAGAGAAACAGCUCCUGGAGACACGCAUGACCAACGCUCGGCUCAUGGAAGACAACGAGAGCUUCCAGCUUCUGCUCGGAGAGAAGACAUUGAACGGAGACCUCAGCCGCGGUGACUUCCUGCGCCCAUCAUCCCCGCAUACAGACAGAGCUCCGUCGCGCAACGGCCCGUCGACCAGCUUAGCGGAUGAGUUAGAGUCCGCAGAGGGUGCUGACGGUGACGCUAUUCGCAAGCUGGAAGCCGAGGUUAACACCCUUAAGGACCAGAACAAGGCUCUCACGCUCUACAUCAACAAGAUCAUCGGCCGCCUCCUCACACACCAGGGCUUUGAAUCCGUCCUGGGCAACGACCUGGAAGACCAUGGCCCCGUCGCCGCGGGCAGUCUCAACACGAACAAGGAGCUUCCACCCCCGCCUCCGCCGAAAGAAGAGAACGAGCAACCGCUGGGCUUCCUCCAACGCGCAAAGUCCGUAGUCGGCGGUCGCAACAAGCCCCGGCCGAUGAGCUUCGCAGCACCCAUGCAACACUCCGUGAACGAAGACCCCACAACCGCACCCAGCAUCCCCCUCCAGCGCUCCAACUCCUCCCGCGUGCCCAGCGGCAGCUACCAGCACCGCCGCUCCACCUCCGAAAUGCCGCAACCCCAACCCGGCGCCGCAAACGUCAUCAAUAACAUGUUCCGUGCACCGCCAACUGCCGCCAUCCCCGGCCAAACCUCGCCCGGCCUUGUUUCGCCCCGCAACUCUUUCUUCGGCAUCCCGAUCAGCGGCGCGAGCAGCAAUCCUUCGUCGCGCGUGCCGUCGUCUGGUGCGCCCAUACACGAAGAGAAGGAGGAUGCGAAGAGCACGAGCGAGACUUCGCAUGUGGAUACACCUAGCCCGCCGCGGCGUACCGAGACGAUGCAGGGCAAGCAGAUGCGUCCGUUGAGGUUGGUGCAGAAUGAGGAGGCGGCGAUGCGGGAGAGAAAGGCGGCGAAUCGGGGAUCGUGGUUUGGUGGGCUCUUUGGAGGGCAGCAGCAGCAGCAGUCGCAGCCGGGUCAGGAUGUGCUGUGAUCUUCCCCAUUGCUGGGCGAUUUUCGCAUUUCAGCAUGAUCUCAAGGCACACAGCAUGCACAUGAACUUCGGCACACACACGCAAACACGGUAUAACUCAUUCUAUCUAUUCACGGGUAUGGUUUAUGAGAAGCAAGGACAUAUAAUAUGUUGCAUCAUGUAGGAGUAGGGAUAUCAUCAUUCUUACCACCCCGCCCUAAGGCGGAGGAGGUGAUUAUGUAGGAGAGACUGUGAGUCUAAGUCUGCCCUGUUCGUAUACCCCCAGUUUAGACUUUUGGCUUCUUGACGUUUUUGGAUGGGGGUUUUAUGUAGGCGUAAUGCAUUACUAUGUUUCUUCUUCCC